AACAAAAAAUUUAUCUUUGAAAUACUUUGUGAAAAUAAACCUAAUAUAUAUAUAUAUAUAUAUAUAUAAAUGUAUAUAUAUUAUUACUUAGUUACUAUUUUAUAUAUAAGUAAUUAGUAUGUGUUAUACUUUGUUUGCAACAAUUUAUAAUUGAAAGUGGUAUGACUAAUUUGAUAUUUGGAGUUGGUAUAGGAUUGUUCCUUAUUUUAAUUCUUUGGGCUUUAGCUCUAUUGAUAUUUAUUAUUUCUUUAAGAAUUGAAAAAAAAAUUGGUAUUAUUGCUAUAUUUAUAGUUAGUAUAUGCACAAUCAUUUUAAUUACAUUGCCAAGAGCAUCAGAAAAACCUAUUAUAAGUAAUAAAAAGAUAUAUGAUCAUUUAUUUAUUUGGCGCAUUUUAUUACUUAUUUUAUUAAUAAUAUCAUCUAUAAUUGGUUUAAUGGGAUACAUUAAAUUUAUAAUAACAGAAUCUAUUAGACCAAUUCGAAUUAUUAAUUGGGUUUUUUAAAAAUUUAUCAAUUUAUGAUAGCAAAAUAUAUAUUAAAGAAAAAAAAAGAAUUUUUAAUUUUAUUUAUAUUUAAUAUUUAUUAUUUAUUUCUUCAUUUUGACAUAAUAAUUUAAAAAGUUAUAAAAUGUUACGUAAUACUAUUAAACUUUCAAAAGUUUUAGUGAGAUAUAUUUCUUCAUCAUAUCAAAAAAAUAAACAAUUUGAAAUACAUAACAAUAAUGAAUUUGUUAGUAAAGUAAUGAAUAGUUCUGUACCUGUUAUUGUAAAUUUUCAUGCCGAAUGGUGUGAUCCUUGUAAAAUUCUCACACCUAAAUUAAUAGAAUUAAUAAGUCCAAUGGAUAAAUUAGAUCUUGCCAUUGUAAAUUUAGAAUCAAAUCCAGAAUUAGUACAUAUUUUUGAAGUAAAAGCUGUACCAGCUAUUAUAGCAAUUUCAAGUGGAUUGGUUGUGGAUAAGUUUAUAGGUUUAACUGAUUUAGAUAUUAUAGAAAAUUUAAUACAAAAACUUACUAAUACAUCUUUAAAUUUUGAAAAUAAUAAAAGAGAAGUUUAAUAUUCAUUAUAUAUAUUAUAUAAAAUCAUUAUAAAUAAUUAAACAUAUUUUUAUAAUUUAUAUUGCAUUAUAUAAUUUUGUUUUAUGAACAAUAAUGUCACAUAAAUGUUUUUAGAUUGUAUUUAGAUAUUAAUAAUCACAUAUAAAUACAAAUCAUAAAAUUAGAUGAAGAAAUUAUGAAAUAUGAUAUAAUAUUUAUGAAAUAAAUUGUAUUAAAUUCUAUUAUAUUUACUAUUAUAUUAACCAUUAUAUUUACUAUUAUAUUAUUAUAUUAACUAUUAUUAAAUGAAAUCAAUUUUAAAAACAGAUAAUGAAAUUAAUUUUGAAACUUCAGAGUUUUGAUUGAGUUUAACAUUAUAAUUUUAUUGUAAAUAAUAAAUGUUAGGGAAAUUAAGAACAUGAAGUCAUAAUUUCAAAAAAGAUAACAUUUUUAUUUAUUAUUUAUAAUAAUAUCUUUUUAAUUAUUUUACAAACUUUUUGUAAUUUAUUAUAGGUACCAAUAAUUUUAUAACAUGAUUAUAAAAUGAUUUUUAAACUGAUUGUAUAUAUUACAUAUAAUAUUUUAUAUUAAUUAAUAUGAACAGUUUUUUUUGAUCUACAAUAUUAACUGUACUUAUUGAACUAUUUCUAGUUUAAAAUUAAAAUUAUUUCAAGGAACUUACUUUGCUUGCAUAAUUGCUAUCGCUAAAAUGUCUCUUAUUAAAAUAUAAUUAAUGAGAUUGAUUCAACAAAAUUUGUUUGAAGCACAUUAUGCAAUAAAGUUAACAAUUGUUUAUUAUCAAAUAAUGAAUGCAAAUCUAAGAUAAAGCAUAAUUGAUAUAAGGAUCACAAACAGUUAUGUAAUGACUUCUAUUCUUAUUUACUUUUGAUUUUAAAGCAAUUUUAUAUAAUCUAUGUAUGAGAUUACUAUUAAUUAUAGAUAGUAGGCCAAAGAUUUAAUAAAAAAUGUAAUUCAUGUAUUCCCUGAUAAAA